AUGUUCCAUAAUAAUAAUUCGCAAGCUUCGGUCCCUCUGCCAGGAAGACCAACCUCGGAUGACGAUGCUCCCCUACCUCGAGGAGAAUGCACCUUUCUCGUGAACGAGUCUGAUUCCCCAAAGGGCUCUCGCCAGCGAUGCUCAUGUCGGAGUUUCUAUCCCGCCGACCCCGUAGUCCGCUCCACAUGCGGGUGCGGUCAUCAAGCAUGGAAUCACGAGGCCCAACCCUUGUCGACCGUGACCAUGGAGGAGUACCUCUCCGUGAUCGAGGAGAUGAAGCGCCUGAAGCACGAGCUCAAGCGCUUCGAGCGCCUGGAGCAAGAGUUCUACAAGGAAAAAAUGCUGAGGGAAGAGCAUCUCCGGACCCAGCAGGCUGUUGAGCAGAGGAUGUAUGAGAACAUGCGAUUACUCAAAGUGACAAUGGACGACAAGGUGGAGGCUGUGGUCGACAAGACGCAGGAGUUCAACGACCACAUCAAGGCGGUGCAAGAGAGGUUGACCAUGGUGGAUGAAGUGACGAUGGAUCUCGAGAAUCGGCUGGACCGUUUGGAGCACCACGAAUCGUCCUCGUCGAGAGAGGGCACGCCUGGAGUGGCCACUCCCAAAGCUGCCCCAAAGGCUGUGCUGCAGACACCUGCCGUCCCUCCACUGCCUUCUCUUCCUCUGGUUCAGCAUUCUCUAGGUCAACUUCCCAUUCGUACAGACAAGAAGUAUCCCUCAUCGUGGAGUGUGCGGGUGAUCUUCGUCCCUCGCAAAUCACUCAAGUUCGCUUAUGAUCCCGACAGCAAUGGCUACCGUCGCUGCGCCUCGCGAAAGCUCCACCAAAACCUGGAAUUCCCCAGCCAAGACAGCUCAUGCUUUGCGAAUCGGAUUGAAAACGCCUUCAAGGGCGUGCUGCGCGGUCGGCCUUGGAUGCCAAUGAUUGGCCACCGUCCGGCUGACGAACCGUUCGGCCGGAUGGCUCUACAGCUGCUUCCAAAGGAGCUUACUCUCAGGACGGUGUGGGACUACCCAUUCUUGGAGGAUCACUGUAUCGCACAUGACAAGAUGCAAGGCGACGUGCUCUAUGUCACCCUGCAAUAUGAAGACAUCACGUGGAACGAGAUCCGGCUUUUACCUCCCGUGGUGGGCGCCGACGAAUCGUGUUGGAGUCACGAUGAAGAGUUGGAUGGCGCCUCCAAGUACAAGAGCCUGGACUCUGAGAUCAUAGCGCCGUCCAAGCUGGAAGUGCUCGCCGACUCGGCCUCCAUGCUUUCACACGUGAGCGUUGAACGCGUCCCCACCCACUCUGCCCAUUCCGCACGGUCGGCCUUCUCGUCGGAACGGAGCAGCCUUCGCAGCUUCGAGACGGAGGGGACCGAUGACGAGCAUUGCGAUAAGAAGCCAAAGUUGCGAGGCAAGCAAUCCAUGCCCGGCAUCCACCCACAACCCAUCUAUGUCUCCGGGCGAUCCAAACGGAAGAUGCCUGUGCGCGAGAAGGGGGUCAAGGAGCCGCUGCACUUUAGCGUCGCCAAUGUCGCGAAAUGGCGGCCUACACAUAUCUUGCAUCCGAGCUCCAAGGGCAAAGAGGCAGCGCACGCACAGGAAUCUCACUGAGCUGCCCGGGUUGUCGCAGUGUGACGUGCAGAAUUUCUUUUAUUUGGUAUGAUUUUCCUGGGCUUAGAUUGGCAUCCUUACGCUUCCGGAGUUCUUGUGAAAAGCGAGGGAUGAUGAACGGAUACCCACAAGGCGUUUUGUGCUAUACCCCUUCAUCGCUGGGAUCGUGCCCCAAUUUCGUUUAUCCUGCUAUGAGAUUUCCGACAUUCUAGAGACAGCGUUGAGAGUCUCAUUACUUCGCUAUCCAUUUGGAUGCUUGUUUCUUUCUUAUCACUCAUGUUUUUGGCAUAUCUACACGGGAUAGACUGGGGAUCCAGCUUGCUUCUUCCCAGGCAGUCAGGUUGGGUGCAUGUAGCGCUUACGCGAAUGUAAGAAUAGGUCGCUUCCGUCAUAUCUAUGACUUUGAUAUCAACAAAGUCUCGAUAGCAUGACUCCAGGUCGGACUGACUUGUCAGAUUACUGCUACUCCUCACUUAUCGCACG